CAGUGACUGCUACUACGCAACGGCAAAAUAGCGGAGGUUAGAAGAGGGCCAAAAGUAAACAUGGCGGCGGCGAUUGGCGGCGCACGAAGAGCCCUCGCAUGCCGUGGCAUCCCUUCUUCUCUGAUCUCCGUUGCCGCCACCUCGAGAGCUUUCCCAUCUUCUUCUCCUCCAACUCGGGCCUUCUCUCGGCUCUCGCGCCGCAAGCGUCCCUCGGGAAUCUCGAGGUCCCGCAGGUCCGCGGUUGAGUUGGGUUGUGCACAGUCUCUGAUGCCUUUUCACAGCGUUACUGCCACGGCAUUGCUCACUUCUAUGCUCUCCGCAAGGCCUGGAGGCUGGACUUGGCUUUCAGAAGGAUUUGCAACGCCUCUAUGACAUCAGAGAUAAACUUGAAACAAAUGCUGUGCUGAGGAUUGCUGAGUUUGAUUCUUGAUCAAUGUGCUUACUAGAAGGCGUCAUUGCUCUAAACGAUGAUCUUGGUUCUUCUCUCUUCUAAAAUAAAUGUUACGUUGGAUUUCAAUUCUAGCAUACCAGAAAUAUCUCAACAAUUCCUUUCUGGUCUUGUGUUAUGAAAGUGUGUCGCAACCUCCUGGCAUAGUCAUUCUUAUAGUGGUUGAAACUUUUUAUCA